AUGAUCUGGAAUGUGGAUGAUUUAAGUUUGAAAGCUGAAACAAUGGUUCGUUAUGAGAAGCGCAAAGAGAUGUACGCGAAAGCGAUCGAACUGUUCGAAAAUGCAGCGAAACUUGACGAGCACGACGAUUUGGCGUGUUAUUAUUGCGCACGUCAAUAUGCAAUCGGUUGGGUUUUGUUGCGUGACUUGAACGCAGCACGUGAGUGGUGUGAGCGAGCGCUGGAAUUGAAUCCAGAGAUGCCGUGUGCUCUGAUCUUGAUGGCAAUAUCGACAGAAUCGCCUAUUCAUUUCAUAAUUUUCAAGGCAAAUAUUUGGUUGGAAUUGGCUGAGCUGUAUCUUGAGCUGGACCGGAUAAACGACGUGCGACCUUGUGUUGAGGAAGCGUGCGCAAUUUUUCCGAACUCACAUCAGACACUCUAUCUGAAGGGUCGCUUGUUGGAGCUACGGGCUGCACGUUGUAAUGACGCAUCAACCCGAGAUAUGAUGCGAACAGAUGCGAAAGCGUCUCUGCUCGGAGCACUCGCCAUAACACCAUCGCAUAUCGCAUCGUUAAGUCAUCUGGCCAAUAUUUAUCGAUCCGACGGAAACAUUCGAAUGGCCGAAAAAAUGCUUAAAGAUAUUGUGCGAAUAGAACCUUUGCACAAUGAGUCGUGGCAAAUGCUGGGAAUGAUAUUGGCUGAAGAUGGACGUCACGAUGAGGCGUUGGAGUGCUUCGAGACUGCGUCUGCACUGGACAGCUCUACACCAUUAAUACCGUUCACGUCAAUUCCGAUCAUUAUUCGAUCGUCGUGA